AUGUGGCGCGAUCGCACGAAUCUCUACAUUUCCUACCGCCAAUCCUACGCACACCACCCGGCAAAGAAGACCAAGUACUCCUCGUCCGGCAAUGGCUACAGCUCCUCCAUCCCGUCCGGUUCCUCGGAGCGGCAAGGUCUCAUGUCCGCCGGCGCAUUCGAGGACGACGGCGAUGCUGUAAUAGAAAUGGACCUUCUGCCCCCGAGGUGGGCAGAUAUAUCAGAUGAGGUAACCGAGUAUCUGACGGACAUUGCGGCGAAGAGUGUCAAACUGGAGAAACUGCACCAGAAGCACGUAUUGCCGGGAUUUGACGACGAGGAAGUGAAGAGGGAUGAGGAGAGCGAGAUUGAGAGGCUAACGCAGGACAUCACGAGGGGCUUUCACAACUGCCAGGCAGCGAUACAGAAGGUGGAGCAGAUGGUCAGAGAAAAUAAGCAGCAAGGUGGCAUUAGCAAGGGAGAAGAGACCAUGGCGAGGAACAUACAAAUCUCGCUCGCAGGACGGGUGCAGGAGGCCAGCGCAGGCUUCAGGAAAAAGCAGAGCGCAUACCUUAAAAAACUCCGUGGCCUCUCCGGCAUGAACCCCUCCAUAGACCGCUCCUCGACCCCUCUCUACACAUCCUACACUGACCCGUCCCUCAUGGAAUCCGACGCCGACAAGUCAUACUCGCAAUCUACUCUUCAGCAAACUUCCCAGAAACAGCUUACCUCCAACGACGCAGCAAUCAUGCAGCGGGAGCGCGAAAUCACUGACAUUGCCCAAGGCAUCAUUGAAUUAGCCGACAUCUUCAAAGAGCUGCAAACAAUGAUUAUCGACCAGGGCACGAUGCUGGAUCGGAUCGAUUAUAAUGUAGAGCGUAUGGCGGUAGAUGUCAAGGCCGCAGAUAAGGAGUUGACUAUAGCGAGUGGGUAUCAGAAGAAGGGAACGAAGAGGCGGGUUAUCUUCUUGUUGAUUCUACUUGUGGUGGGCAUGUUUAUCCUGCUCAUGGUGAAGCCGAAGAGGAGCAGUGGGAACGGGAGUGCGAACGAUAGUGGGAGUUUGGAUGAGAAUCCGGGGCUCGGCCCGGAUACGGCGGCGGAUACUGUGUUGCCGCCUUGA